AAGCCUCAAGGACCGCACAGUUUGUAUAGGAGGUUGGAAAAGUGAGCGUGUGUAGAACAGUUACUUCUUUUCUCCAAGACGCUCAGCCAGCGUAUGCAACUUACUGAGGAAUUAUGAAAGAGGAGUGCACACCUAGCAUAUUCACGCACUGGAAGCUCCUGUCUCUUAAUGUGGGCAUUCACCACGUGGCAGUGGAGAGGUGAAACUCAAACACUGGCAUCAGCUGGAAAGCGUGGGUGUGGCUGGCAGUCGACUGACUAAUGUGGCACUUCAGUAUGGCAAGAAUUAAAUACUUCUUAGUAACAAUGACAAUACUAUGUUUCUUCUUCCUGCUGUGCCUGAACCAGUAUAAUGUUAAACUUCAAUCUUCUAGAUUUCGGCCUGUUCCGAUGCAGAAGGAAGAAUUUGGAAUGGUGGAGGACAUUGGAAUACUGAAGGACCUGGAAGUGAAGUUUCUUCCCAACUUCAAGAAUCCAUGCUGGUAUGAAGUGCGAAGGCAUGACAAGCAACCCCAUCCCCAGGAGGUGCAGCACUUCCAAAUAGUACCAUCAGCAAUGCAACACAAGUACAAGAGCAUCAACUAUGCUGAUGAAGUGUUACAAUGCCUUCCAUAUUUUUUUUUAAUUGGGCAGCCCAAGUGUGCCACAACAGACAUCUUUCACAGGAUCAACAGCCACCCUGAUGUGGCAGAACCUGUGGUGAAAGGACCAAACUGGUGGACCAGAAAAAGAUUUGGGAGGCCUUAUGCUCCACAACCAGUAUCUCUGAGGGAGUACAUAAAUUUAUUUAAUGCAUCCAAAAUCAAAGGGUAUAAACAAACCUCGGGUGAACUCCAGGGCACAUGGGAGUACCCAAGAAUCACAGGUGAUGGCAGCACGUCCACACUGUGGGACAGUGGUGCAACCAUGGGUUACCUGCACCACCUUAUGACCACACAGAAAGGUACCAACAUAGUUCAAGUGUUGCUCCAAGGCAGAAAGGAAUCAAAUAGCGUACCAAAUGUAAGGAAUUCUUCAAAAAUCAAUGCCAUCAGAUAUGAACAUGCCCAAGGUCUUGGGUGGAAUCAAUCAUCUGCCCCACAGAGGGGCAUAGUUCUUCCUUUCACUGUAGCUGAUGUUAUUCAUCUGAUACUGCCCAAGUCUCGGAUCAUUGCAGUGUUUCGUGAACCUGUUUCAAGACUAUUUUCCAGUUACCUCUUCUUCACCAAGAAGGGAAACCUUUCUUCUCGCCAUUUUGACGAGUCUGUAAGGACUUCAAUACAAAAGUGGAAUGCUUGUGUCAAGCAGUAUUCAGACCGGACAUGUGCAUAUAACAAAACUCUACAAAAUGCUAUGGGAGUUCGUUUGUAUAAUGGACUAUAUAAUUUAUACAUGAAAGAUUGGCUGCAAGUCUUUCCUCGCAAACAAGUGCUGGUGUUACGAAUGGAAGAUUACCAUAACAAUGUUACCAAAACUCUGGCAAGCAUUUACCACCAUCUGGGUCUGAGAUCACCAACACCAGACGAAAAUAAAAGAAUAAACAUACAUAAAGUCUAUAACAAAAACAGGAAGAAAUCUUUGGUAGGAGAUAUGUUUGACUCAACAAGAAAAAUGCUUCAAGAUUUUUAUAAACCUUAUAACAAAGAUUUAGCAAAUCUUUUAAAUGAUCCAAAAUUUAAAUGGGAAGAUAUAAGUGCAAUAUUAAAAUGAAUAUUCUGUGUAUGCUCCCAUCAGGACCUGCUUCCCUCUCUACCCUCUCUCUCUCUCUCUUGAGUCUCUCUCUCUCUCUCUCUCUCUUGAAAUACUACAUUUAUCACAUGAAAUGCAAAAUAUGUACAAUGGUACCUCAGUACUUUGUCUGGUUUGGAAAAGUCCGACUUGAUAUAUAUCCUAUUUGGAUAAAAAAUUUGCUUGAUAUAUCUUUAUUUGGGGUGAGACUUGCAUACUAGAACUUCUAUGGAUCAAAAUGAGUCACUACAGUAAAUACUAUCCUUGUUUAUCUCUCUUGAGACAAAAUCACAACUCCCCACGAGCAGUGCUGCCUGACUUUUUCACUUACUUUUCUCUAAUUCUUUUUGUAUUUAUCAUAUUUGAUGGCAUAUAAGAAGUAUUUUUCUCCAUAAAAAACUGUUAAAAAGAAUUCUGCAUCUUACAUACAAAUGUGACGCCUACUUUAGAUUUUAUUUUGAAAUUUCUUUCACCCAUAAACACGGAGAUUUACACCACUGUAUUAUAUUAUAAGCAAGGGUGCUCUAUCAUAAUUUCAAACACAAUAUGAUGUGAAGAUAAGUUCAAAACAAACAGCCCUUUUUAAUGAUGCGGCAAGUGUGUUAUUGACAUAUAGGCAGCUGUGGGCUUUUCUUUACCUCGCCUUCAUGAUUAGGUCACUACCUUUGUUUUUGUUAUUGCAGUCAUGUAAGAUGUUUUUACCUUUGCGACUGCUUGCUUUUUAUUCAGCUGUACCAUUAGCUUGUUCUAAACAUAAGAAGCUUAAAUACACAAAAAGAAAGAUGAAAGAAUCCUCAAUAUGAUCUGAAAUGGGGAUGUCUUAUAUCCCAUCAAAUAUACUAUUUGUUCCAGUAUUAAGCAAUGUUUAAAUUAUUUUAUGCAACCCAAUCAGUGUACUGUACAAUGUGCCAAUAAUAAUAGGAUCUUUUUUCUUUUCAAGGGAUGUAAUAAUAUUUUUUACCUUUAAUUGCUUAUGGGAAAAAAAAUUGCAAUACAUUCUUUUGUUAGUAAACAUCCAAGGCUUGGGGACAUAUUAAGAACAUUUAGCAAGGAACACUACAAAUAACACUCAAGUUUCUAGGGGAACAAAGAUCAAGAUGUCAAUAAGUUUGUAUUUCAUUACGUUCUAAGUUGUUAUCAUGUGCACAAUAAAUGCCACCUUCUAGUGAA